UACAGCGGGUUAGCAAAUCUUCUAUGCCUUGCAAUAUCAUGCAGCCCACCGCUGAUUCCCAAAUGGAUAUUGGCCACAUGGAAUCCCAAACACUAGCUUUCCAUGAUGGACCCAAAGUGGUAAGAUUCCGAGAAGGAGAUUCGGGAGUUGAAUCUAAAGAUGAAGAUUCUCCCGAAAUGGAGAGGGAGGAGGGAGAAAUUGCUUCAGAUAAUGAAUCUGCAUUGAAGGAAAGUAGUCAGGUUGCAGUCAGCCAGAAGGCAGCCAGUGAUAAAGUUCAGGCUGCUCUAAUGGAAAGGAUGGACUGUAAGAACCAUCUGCCACAAAAUGUGAGAGAAAUGCAGAUAUCUGGAAGUCUUGUAGCUAUGAUAUCUGAGAUUUUACACCAAGCUGAUAGCACAUCUCUACUGGACAAUCUGGAAAAGUUGAAACUGUACUGUGAGAAAAUGCUCCCCCGAUUUGUUUCAAGCUUUGAACUCUCCCAGGGCGAGUCCUUUGCAGAGACCUUCGUUUGUAGGGACUGGUUUCUACGUAAUAGUGAGCGGAACAUUGUCAAGGCUGUGCAAUUAAAGCCAAGUGCUCUGGAUUCCUAUGUGGAGCUCCAGAUGAUGAUGGAAACAGUGCAGUUCUUAGAAAAUAAGAUUAGUUUUCUGAGAGGUCUUCCAACAUUUCGAAACUUGCUGUGGUACGAUGAGAGUUUAUAUAGUGACUUACUGGCCAAAAAUGUGGGCUACCAGCAGCAGUCUACCUUGUAUCCUUCAUUCCAAACAAGAAUCCAGAAUAAUUGUUAUGAAGCACUGAGAGACCAUCAGGCUCAGGUUCUGAAAUCCUGCCAAACAGACAUUAAAGGGCAAAAUGCUUAUUAUGUUUACCUCAAGAACAGACGAGAAUUAGAAGAAUGCUCAGCAGUAAUGCAGAACAUCUCUGACUGUUGUUACUUCUGUCUUUCUAUCCCAGUAAUAUCUAGUAUUAACUACGGGGACAAUCUGGAGAGCUUGGAAGUCCUGCGCAAAAACGUUUGGACACUGAUAGACAGAUAUACCAGACUACCUGAAGGCCAGCGGGAUAUGGCUAAAUUGGUCCAUUUGUGGAUCAUUAUUGACUUUGUCAAUGCAAAAACUCGCACCAUCCACAGCUGCCCACCUGUGAAUGAAGAACUCUGGUGGUUUGGACUCGAGCAUUUGCAGUUCAAUGCUGCCAAGAUGCUUGUUUGGGAGAAAAGAGUAAAAUGUGAACAAGUAAACAAUGGUUUGACCCAAAUCAGAGAGGGCAACAUUCAGAAAAAUAAGUUGAAAGAGCUCAUCGGGAAGUUGAACAGAGAAGCAUUGUGCAUGUUGUACAACCGAUACAACAGCUUGGCGUCAGAGAGAAUGUGGGGCAGUAGCAGCGAGCAGACAGAUUCAUUGUGCAGUGGCAAAAUACUCCCGCGGAAUGACCAGGCCAUGGCUCUCCGAGCAGCAGAGGGUCCCCUUCCGGGGCACCAAGUACCCAGAUUUGGCAACCGUCACAAAAAUUGCUUCCGUCCCCUUUCAGACCAAUUUAAUUCUGUCGGGAAAAUUCUUGAGAAUUCGCAGGCUUCCCAGAUGGAGGAACUGGAGCAGCUCCUGGUCAAGUGUGAAAAUCAACUGGAGCCACUGAAGACACUUUUCCAAGUAUUGCAGGAUGUUGAAGUGGAGAAGGUCCUGCUGACAGAAGCCAGUUUUUCAGCUGGGCUUAUUUCUCAUGAUACAAGCCCCGUUCUCCUGAAGCCUAAAGCUGUGGAGGUCUACAUUGAGCUGAUCAUGAUGUAUGAGACAGUUCACUAUCUGAGAAACCUGAUGUCAUACCGGCUAAACCAAGCAACAUACAGAGGGAUGCUAUGGUUUGACCCAGCCUUACUUCCUGAACUGCUUCACAAUCAACAAGACACCUCCAUCUUCUCCUUGUUCCGUGAGAAAUACCUGCAUGAUCCAGGUGAAGCACUCAAGCACACAAUUUCUACACUACAACGAGAACUGGAUUUAAUCUUUGAGUAUAGGCAAAAUACCAACUAUACCUAUGCAGUUCAACUUCUGUCAAGGGAGCUGUCUGAAAUAGUUUCUGUUAAGCAGUACAUACAGCAGCAUGAUGUUGGUGUGAAAACCUAUGUGAACGCUGUGCCUUACGCAGCAUCGAUUAACUACGGCUAUACUGAAUCAGACUUGAUGCAUAAUUACAGGCAACUGGUGCUAGUUCUGGAGAAGCUAGUCAAGGAGCCCAAGAAAGAUCUGGGGAAGAUGGCACAUGUUAUGGAAGUGAUGAAGAGCAUUGUGGACAUGAGACAGGUAACAGCUGAGAGCAGCAGCUCCACCCUUCACAUUCUCACCCACCAGAUGCGACAAAACAGCAUUAAAAGGAAGCUGAUUCAGGAAAAGUUUGGGAGUAGCACAGAUGGUGCUGCCAAGGUUCAGUGGAGUAUGUGUGCAGACAUCAUCACAGGUUACAAGGAGCACAGUGCCCCGUUGGUUAACAUGAGAAAACGACAUAUCUGUGACUGUCCGUUAUAUGAAAAUGAAGGAGACCAUGAAGCUGAGAACCCUCCCGCCAAUAAGCGAAAGAUGGUUGCGGGCAAUGACCUGAGGAACUCUGAAUGCCAAACAUCCUCUCACAAACAACAAGGUUCUGUGUGUGCUUCCUGAUCUGCAAUUAGGCUGGAAUGAUGA